AAUGUUCAGAAUAAUCUUUGCUAUUUCUUUACUUCUCUGCUGUUCGGCAAAAGUCUUAAAAAUUUGUCAAUUAAUCGACAAAAAUGCAAAAGGCUUACCGACUCACUUGGGUUCAUUAAGGGUCGCAUUAGAUGAUGUUGAAAGGGAAAUCAAUAGGACUUUCACUUUUCAAAUUGUCCACAAACUCUAUGAUUCUACUAGUUUAGACGCUGUGCGUAAGAUGAAGAUAUGUAACGAAGAAGGAGUAGUUGCUUUUAUUGGCUCUCUCGGAGUAAAUUGGGGCCCUGAAGCGGUUUACGCCGGUGUUUUAAACUUGCCUAUUAUCAAUUCGGACUUUCAAUAUAAGAUGCAAAAGGAAGAUGCUCUGAAUAGGCCUACUCUUGUUAAUAUGCGGCCCAGCUUGAUCAAGCUUUCCUCAUCGAUAUUUGCUAUUGCUAAAUCAUUUGGCUGGAGAUCAUUUUCGAUAGUUGUGGAUAAAGGAGAUGAUUUUAGUACUGUUGUAGAAGAAAUAAGAACUUUAAGUCGAUUUAUGGAGGUCUCGAUUAACGAAGUUAUUUAUAUCUCUGGGAUAUAUAGUACCGAAAGUAAAAAUUAUACUUUCGAGAAGAGUAAACAGCUGCAUAAGAGGUACAAGGACGUUGUCAAAUCUUCCAGUGAAAAGACAAGAAUUUGGGUCGUCUUUGGUUCAUCAAACAUCAAGAGGUUUCUAACAGCUUUGGAUGAAUCCGGGCUAAAUUCCGAUGGGGGAUACGCCGUCAUUGGAGUUGACAAAGAGCCUUAUGAUCCAAAUAGCUAUAGAAUUAAAAAGCAAGCAAGACACAUAUAUAAAUCUGUUGUGUUGCUCCUUCACAGACAUCCUUUAUAUACAAAGGAAGUUGAUAGGUUUAUAUUGAAGAGUCAAAAUAUUAGUUCCGGGGAACCUUAUAGUGUACGCACUUUUAAGUCGGAGAACAUUGCCCUAAUGCGAGCAACUUUCAAAGUUGACGGAUAUCAAUUGUACGAUGGUGCAAAAUUACUAGGUCGUGGAUUGGUUCGUCAAGAAGAAAUUACUAAUUCAACGAAUGGAACAGCUAUAAUAAAAAGAUUGACCGGAAGUACUUUUACAAGCAUUCAAGGCUAUGAAAUGUCUAUAGACGAACUUGGUGAAGUUAUGCCCAAUUAUACAGUUCUCGCCUUUACAAAAAAGAACAAGAAUGUAUUACAACAGGCAGGCUCUUUCUAUUAUAAAAGGGGAAAUGUUAGCGACGUGGAAUUUUCAAUAGAAAAUCAAAUAGUAUGGGCUGGCGGUAGAGUUCCAAUAUCCGAUCCAAAGUGUGGAUUUAAAGGUGAAAAAUGUCAAUUCGAAACCAAUUGGCUCCUUCUCAGCUCUCUUUUGGGUGUAUCCUUACUUUUAUUGGUUGGGCUUAUAUUUGCAAUACGCCACUAUCGAUACGAACAAGCCUUAGGCAAACUUAUGUGGAAAAUACAUCAAAAAGAUUUGAUUUUCCUAGAUUCUAACGGAACUCCAAUAUCAAAAGAUUCUAGGAAACAGUCGAAAAUGUCAUAUACAAAUGAUGAUUGUCUAUUAGACGCUACUGAAGAGGAAGAAGAAAGCGUAGAAGAUUUCACAAAACUUUUAAAUGACACUAACCAAAAUAUCAAAGGCGAUUCAAAAAAGUUCUUUUGCAAAGUAGCAAGUUACAGGAGUCACAUUGUGGCUAUUAAAGAAAUUUACGCUUACAAAGAUCUAGAGAUAACGAGAAAUUUCAAAAAGAGAAUGCACGAGCUCAAACACCUUCAAGAUGAUAAUCUUAACAGAUUUAUUGGUGUUUGUUUGGAUAUACCUCGCAAAGUUCUUCUGGUGAGCGCCUAUAGCCAAAGGGGAUCACUAAGAAACGUUUUGGAUGAUAGCGAUAUCAACUUCGACGACUUAUUUAAAUGUAAUUUAGUAUCCGAUUUGAUAAAGGGUAUGAUCUAUCUACAUGACAGCGAAAUUGGAGCUCAUGGUAAUCUAAAAUCGACGAAUUGUUUAAUCGAUUCCAGAUGGAUUCUGAGAAUAACUGACUUUUCCCUUGAUUCGUUUAAAAGUUCACAUCAGCCAAGAACAUCAUCAGCCUCACGAGAUUAUUCUUUCUUAGAUCAGUUAAGUGAAGAAGAUGCCGUCAAACUAUUCUGGACUCCACCAGAAGUUUUAUCUUGUCCCACUUUAAGGAAUUCUCAAAAAGUAGAUUCUUACGCCUUUGGUAUAAUUCUACACGAAAUUCAUAGCAAAUUAUGGCCAUUUGAAAGUUACAAUUUACAUAGUCAGGAGAUCAUUAGACAAAUAAUGGAAAACAAUUUGAAGCCAGAUUUGACUUUUUACGAUGAUAAACCUUUACCUAAUUGUGUUAAACUGUGUAUGGAAGAUUGUUGGUCAGAUAUAUCGUACGAAAGGCCAGACUUUAAAACAAUUUACAACAAGCUAAAGCCAUUAAGAAAAGGAUUAAAGUCGAAUUUUUAUGAUAAUAUGAUAUCUUUAAUGGAAAAUCAUGCAAAUAAUUUAGAAAAUAUCGUUGCCUGUAGAACCAGAGAACUGACUGAAGAGAAAAAGAGGAGUGAAGCGUUACUCUUACGAAUGCUGCCAAGGAGCGUUGCCGAACAAUUAAAAAGAACUAACGAAGUUCUACCUGAACAAUAUUCCUGCGUUACUAUAUUCUUUUCAGAUAUAGUAGGCUUUACCAGAAUGGCAUCUAGACAUACUCCAAUGGAAAUAGUUCAUAUUUUAAACGAUUUAUACUCUUCAUUUGAUUCAGUUAUCGGUGAAUUCGACGUCUAUAAGGUGGAAACGAUAGGAGAUGCGUAUAUGGUAGUCUCUGGCCUACCUGAAAGGAAUGGUGAUAAUCAUGCUGCUGAAAUAGCUUCGAUGGCUUUAAAAUUACUGCAAGCUUUCAAUUCGUGCUCUCUACAUGAACGAAAGAAUUGGGAUGAAAUUCUUCAAUUGAGAAUUGGUAUUCAUUCCGGACCAGCUGCGGCUGGUGUUGUUGGACAUAGAAUGCCUAGAUAUUGUCUAUUUGGUGAUACAGUGAAUGUCGCCUCGAGAAUGGAAUCUAAUGGAUUGCCUAUGAAAAUUCAUAUGAGUGAAGAUUGCUCAACGUUACUAGAUAAACUUGGUGGUUAUGAGAUUACCAAAAGGGGUCCAAUCAGUAUAAAAGGUAAAGGUGAGAUGACAACGUACUUUUUGGAAGGAGAAAUGGAAUGGAGAAAAAAGAUGAAAUCGAAGAGAAAUGUUCGUCGACUUUCAUCUACCUCCGUCCUCAACAAUAUUCCAGAUAAACAACUACUAGCGCCUUCUCCAGGUUCAAAUAAGCGAAAAAGGCCGCAAUCUUGUAGAAGAUUCUUGUCUGAUUCGGAAGAGAGAAGAAAAUUGGAAAAUAUUGAUCUAAAUUCCAAGUUUGACUUAAAGAAAAACAAUGAUACAAUGGUAACAAAUGGUGUAAAUGGAGACUACGACAAUUUUAUAGAUGUAAAACCUAUAACCACUUCAACUAGUUUCUCAAAUCCUUUGUCAAGCAAUGAAAAUGAAAAAUAUCCUGUUUGA